GGUGGGGGCUCGCCGCACAGCGCCCGUCGCCGUCGCGGCUUCCGGUGCUAGGUGGAGGGAAGGCAGGAGGGAGCCGGGGAGCGGGCAGGGGCAGCCGGCGCGCCACGGUCGGCUUGGGGAGCGGGAGCCCGGCGGAGGCUGCGGGAACAGGAUCAAGUCCUCCAUACCAGGGACCAGUCCAAGACCAGACUACCGUUGUUCCGCUACCUUGGGCCCCAUUGUCCUCAGAAAGCAGCUGCUGCCGUCAUGGGCAAUAUCUUUGGAAACCUUCUGAAGAGCCUGAUUGGAAAGAAGGAGAUGCGCAUCCUGAUGGUGGGCCUGGAUGCUGCAGGGAAGACGACCAUCCUGUACAAGCUGAAGCUGGGCGAGAUCGUCACCACCAUCCCUACCAUUGGGUUCAACGUGGAAACCGUGGAAUACAAGAACAUCAGCUUCACAGUGUGGGAUGUGGGUGGCCAAGACAAGAUUCGGCCUCUCUGGAGACACUACUUCCAGAACACCCAAGGCUUGAUAUUUGUGGUCGACAGCAAUGACCGGGAGCGAGUAAACGAGGCCCGGGAAGAACUGAUGAGGAUGCUGGCAGAGGACGAACUCCGGGAUGCUGUGCUCCUUGUCUUUGCAAACAAACAGGAUCUGCCUAAUGCUAUGAAUGCUGCUGAGAUCACGGACAAGCUGGGCCUCCAUUCCCUGCGUCACCGCAACUGGUACAUUCAGGCCACCUGUGCCACCAGCGGAGAUGGGCUGUACGAAGGCCUGGACUGGCUGGCCAAUCAGCUCAAAAACAAGAAGUGAGAGCCAGCAGCCCUGUCCCAGCUACCCUGUCGACCCCCCAACACACCUGCUGCCUCCCUGCCCCGGCCUUGCUCCUUCCUUCCCAUUGCAAAUGUGGCCAGGGCCCUGGGCAUCAUGUCCGCAUGCCCAGGGAAAGCCUUGCCUCCCCUGCCCCCUCUCCUCGCCUCCAUUGCCCUGUCCACUGACAUGACCAGUCCCCAAUUGCUGUCCUGAUGAUGAAGCAUUCCAAUUUACUGGAUUUAAAACAAAACAAGGUUGUUAUGGUUUCA